CCAUGUGACAUCACACCAGUAUAGAACCACAUAAAAGACGUUGACUGUCAUCUGUCUGACAGAGGAGAGAGCAGAGGAAUCAGAUCUACGCUCUCUAGUGCAUGUAUUUUGUCUGACCUGCAUGAUGCGUCCUGUAAUGAUGAUGUCAAGGAGCCUGCUGUUGUUCCUGUGCCUACAAUCAGCUACUCCCACGACCACCACAGCUGCUCCCACGACAACCACAGAGGCUCCCACGACAAGUACAGAGGCUAACACAACAAUCUAUGCACAAUUUUGGUGUGCGGGCACACCUUGUCCAGCAGGCCAGGACUGUAUCAAUGUCAACGGUUCUCUUCGCUGUGCUGACCCCUGUGAGCAGUACUCAGUUCUGGACGAUGCCUGGCGCUCAACGGGCUACGGCCGUUCUGAUAACUGUGAUGCUUGGAGAGGCUGGCAGGGAUGGUAUCGUAUGUUCCUGGAUGGGAACAGCACCCAGAUGCCAGAGACGUGUGUGGACGUAAACAGGUGUGGAACCCAGGUUCCUCUGUGGCUCAAAUCCUCUCACCCCCUGCUGGGAGAUGGGGCGGUGGAACGUGGUGUCUGUGGACACCACAAAUACUACAACUACUGGGGCGGGCAGGCAGGGCGGGUGGACGACUGCUGCUACUACAGACACAAUAUCCACGUCAAAGCCUGUCCUGACCACUACUACGUCUAUAAGUUUGCCCCAUCGUAUUACUGUUACUCGGCUUAUUGUGCAGCUAUUCCCACAACAACUCCUGCUGUUCCCACGACAACUCCCGCUGUUCCCAUGACACCCUCCAGCUCUGUGAGGUUUUGGUGUGGGGCCACACCUUGCCCAGCAGGCCAGGACUGUAUCAGUGUCAACGGUUCUCUUCGCUGUGCUGACCCCUGUGAGCAGUACUCAGUUCUGGACGAUGCCUGGCGUUCAACAGAUGUCAAUGUCCUUUCCUAUAACUGUGAUGCUUGGGGAGGUUGGCAGGGAUGGUAUCGUAUGUUCCUGCAGGGCACCAGUGUUCAGAUGCCAGAGACGUGUGUGGAUAUAAACAGGUGUGGGACCCAGAUUCCUAUGUGGCUCAGUUCCCCUCACCCCCUGCUGGGAGACGGGGUGGUGGAAGGGGAUGUCUGUGGACACUGGAAUGGCUACAACUGGGGGUGGUGGUACUACUAUUAUGGGAGGGGGGAUGACUGCUGCUUCUUCAGAAACAAUAUCCACGUCAAGUCCUGUCCUGGCAACUACUACGUCUACAAGUUUACCCCAUUGAAUUACUGUUACUCAGCUUAUUGUGCAGAUACCAACUCUAAAGUUUGUGCAACCUGUGAAGAGUAUGAAGACUGUGUGAGUCACGAUGGCGUCACUUGGAGUUGUGGAACGACAAUCACCCCAGAGCUGGUGUGUGGGAGGAGCUACCUGGAUGUGGGUCUCCUCAAUUCUCAGCUAGCGGCCAAACAUCUGGACUCCUCCUCUGUUCACCUGGCCAACCCCCGCUGCUCCGCCCACCAGGAGAGUAAUGGGACAGUGUGGUUCCAGAUGGAGCGCUGGGAGGGCAGCUGUGGAACCACUCUGACGACCAACGGCAGCCACGCCAUCUACUCCAACAGUCUGUAUGUCUACCCUACCAGAAAUGUGACCAUGGUUCGACCCGUGAAGAUCCCUUUCUCCUGCUCCUAUCCUCUGGAGACAGAGGCCAGCCUGGAUGUGGCUAUCAGACCAUACCUGGAUCUUGAAGGUGCGGUGAAAAAUGAGGGUUCCCAGGCCAGGGCCUCCAUGUCUCUGUUCCGUGAUGCCAACUGCACAGCUCCUUACUCUGCAGGCCCGGUCACUCUGCCCCUGGGCUCCAUCCUGCAUGUGGGCGUGUCUGUUGAAGAGACGGACGCUGAGGCCUUUGUGGUCGUUCUGGAGGACUGCUACGCCACCCACUCCCCUGAUCCUGAUGACCUCCUGAAAUACCUCCUCAUCCAGCACAAGUGUCCCGUCAACCGUCGCCAGGUGACCGUGGAGGAGAGUGGCUUGUCCCUCCAGGCUCGUUUCUCUGUGCUGCUGUUCCUGUUCCAGGGGGACUACAGGGACGUCUACCUGCACUGCAGCCUCAACCUGUGUGACCAGAGGAACUCCUCCUGCUCUCCUAUGUGUUCAGGAAGGUCUGUCCGCUCUGUCGACGAACUCGUACCCCUCAAGCCCGUCACCAUCGGACCAAUCACCUUGGCCCAGAGUCUGGAGUGAGCUGAUGAAGUCACACCUCCCUCAGACCAUCCCUAUGGCAACCAGCCCAAACUCUUGUCUUUUGGUGAUGAUUCACUCUACAGUAAUAUAUAAGAGUAAUAUGAUUUAAUACAAUCAACUGCCACCUUUAUAUUGGGUUGGGGAUAGGUUUUCAUGUGCUCAGUGAAUGGCUGAAUUCUAUGACAAGUAAUUUUGUGCCGGGGAAUAAUGGGAAAUGUCUUUGCAUGUGAUAAACUAGGCAAGUAUUGCCAAUUAAUCAGGAAUUGUUCAACUGGGACUAUUUUAGCACAAAUCAAUAAAUGAAAGUUGAAAACAUUGAA